CUGCUGCUGACUCAGCCUCAGCUUUCACUUGUCUCCGCCUGAAGGACUUAAAAGAGGAGGAGGAGGAGGAACCCAAGGACAGAGUGGAGAUCAGGAGUUCUCACACCAGAGUUCCCAGUAACGGCACCAAAAAGAGGAGAGCGGAGCAGAGCAACUCCUCCCCAUCUGUGGUAGAAAUGGCAAACACUUCGGCCAUGACAACUCCGUCCAUCACCCCUGCUUUCCCCAUCUCCUCUUCCUCCUUUCAGGCUCCCAGGUCCAUGUGGCAAGAGGCAGUGAGGAGGAAGCGGUACCUUCUGGAUCGGGCAGGGGAGUCUGCUAGAAGAGAUGGUGGAGGAAGAGGAGGUCACCAGGAGACCAGGAGCAGGUCCCCAGACUGGCUGUAUGAGUCCUACUACUGCAUGAGCCAGCAGCAUCCUCUCAUAGUGUUCCUGCUGCUGAUAGUGAUGGGAGCCUGUUUGGCUCUGCUGAGUGUGUUCUUUGCUUCGGGACUGAAUGUAGAGGACCAUGUGGCUUUUUUGAUCACUGUGCCCACGGCGUUGGCGAUAUUCCUGGCCGUGUUUGUGCUGGUCUGCAUCGAGUCCAUCUUCAAGAAGCUUCUGCGUGUUUUUUCACUGGUUAUCUGGGUCUGCUUGGUUGCCAUGGGCUACCUCUUUAUGUUUUCCGGUGGGAUUCUCUGUCCGUGGGAUCAGGUGUCAUUCUUCCUCUUUAUUGUGUUUGUGGUUUACACCAUGCUGCCCUUCUCCAUGCGCGACGCCAUCAUCGCCAGCAUAUUGACCUCCGCCUCUCACACGGUUGUGCUGAGUGUCUGCUUGUCCACCACGGCCAAUAGCAUGGAACCUGUAGCAUGGCAGAUUUUGGCCAAUAUUAUCAUUUUCAUGUGUGGAAUCAUGGCAGGGGCGUACCACAAGCACCUGAUGGAGUUGGCGCUCAAGCAGACCUACCAGGACACCUGCAACUGCAUCAAGUCCCCCAUUAAACUGGAGUUUGAGAAGCAACAGCAGGAGCGUCUGUUGUUGUCGCUGUUACCAGCUCACAUUGCUCGUGUGAUGAAAGCGGAGAUCAUCCAGAGACUCAAGGGUCCCAACUUUGGCCAGAUGGAGAACACGAACAAUUUCCACAACCUCUAUGUCCAGAGACACACAAAUGUCAGUAUACUGUAUGCUGAUAUCGUCGGAUUCACCCGCUUGGCCAGUGACUGCUCACCCGGAGAGCUUGUGCACAUGCUGAACGAACUGUUUGGCAAAUUUGAUCAAAUUGCCAAGGAAAAUGAAUGCAUGCGGAUCAAAAUCCUCGGUGACUGUUACUACUGCGUAUCCGGCCUGCCAGAGUCUUUGCCCAACCACGCCAAGAACUGUGUCAAAAUGGGUUUGGACAUGUGUGAGGCCAUCAAGAAAGUGCGGGACGCCACGGGGGUCGACAUCAAUAUGCGCGUUGGUGUGCAUUCUGGAAACGUCCUGUGCGGUGUGAUCGGACUGCAAAAAUGGCAGUAUGACGUUUGGUCACAUGACGUCACACUGGCCAAUCACAUGGAGGCUGGAGGUGUACCAGGGCGAGUCCAUAUCACCUCCGUAACACUGGACCACCUGAACGGCGCCUACAAGGUGGAAGACGGAGAUGGGCAGGAGAGGGACCCUUACCUAAAGGAGCACGGAGUCGUCACUUAUCUGGUCAUUAACCCAAAGGUGGAUCAUCGGAGCCCACAGCACCACUACCGGCCCAGACACACUCUGGACGGGGCCAAGAUGAGAGCCUCGGUCAGGAUGACCCGCUACCUGGAGUCCUGGGGAGCAGCCAAGCCCUUUGCCAACCUUCACCACCGAGACAGCAUGACAAACGAGAAUGGAAAGAUCAACACGGCUGAUGUGCCGAUGGGCCAGUAUCACUUCCAGAGAAGAUCAGAAAGAACAAAGUCCCAGAAGAAAAGGUUUGAAGAAGAACUUAACGAGAGGAUGAUCAGGACCUUUGAUGGCAUUAAUUCACAGAAACAGUGGCUAAAAUCUGAGGACAUCCAGAGAAUAUCGCUCUUCUUUCACAACAAAUCUUUAGAGAAAGAGUACAGAGCAACAACCCUUCCAGCCUUCAAAUACUACAUCACCUGCGCCUGCUUGAUCUUCUUUUGCAUCUUCAUUGUGCAGGUUCUGGUCCUGCCAAAGACAACUGUGUUGGGAAUAUCGUUCGGAAUGGCUUUCAUUAUCCUGUCCUUGAUCCUCUUCAUAUGCUUUAUUGGACACUUUCUGCACUGCAGUAAAAACACGUCUACCUCUUGGAUGUGGCUUUUGAGGUCAUCAGGCAUUAUUGCCAACAAGCCGUGGUCCCGCGUCACUCUCACCAUGACGACCACUGCACUUAUACUCACAAUGGCAGUCUUCAACAUGUUUUUCCUGGACGACAACAUGUUGCCUCCACUGUCUAUCUACAAUUCUUCAAAUGAAACUCAAUUUUCCUCAAAUGGACAACCAAUCAGUGUCACUGGCAGAAACAAUUUCUACCUUCCUUAUUUAAUUUACAGUUGCAUCCUGGGCCUGAUCUCUUGCUCGGUGUUCCUGAGGAUAAACUACGAGCUUAAAAUGAUCAUUAUGCUGACAGCUGUGGUGGUUUACAACAUCAUUAUCCUACAAACGCACGCGUCCCUGCUGGAUGAAUAUAGCCGAUUCCUAUACAAGACGGAAAGCCUAGACAGGCCCGGUGUUCUCAAAGACCUGAAGACGAUGGGCUCCAUCUCGCUCUUUAUCUUCUUCAUCACUCUGCUUGUGCUUGCCAGACAGAAUGAAUAUUACUGUAGGUUAGACUUUCUGUGGAAGAACAAGUUCAAGAAGGAGUGUGAGGAGAUCGAAACCAUGGAGAACCUCAAUCGGGUUUUGCUGGAGAACGUCCUGCCCGCACAUGUUGCCGAGCACUUCCUGGCACGCAACUGGAAAAACGAGGAUCUUUACCACCAGUCCUAUGACCUGGUGUGCGUCAUGUUUGCCUCCAUCCCAGAUUUUAAAGAGUUCUACACUGAAUCGGAUGUCAACAAAGAAGGCUUAGAGUGCCUCAGACUCCUCAAUGAGAUCAUUGCAGACUUUGAUGAGCUGCUGUCCAAACCAAAAUUUAGUGGAGUGGAAAAGAUCAAAACCAUUGGCAGCACGUACAUGGCGGCUACAGGGCUGAAUGCAUCACCUGGGCCUGAAUACACAACACAGGAACAUGACCGACAGUACAUGCACAUAGGAACAAUGGUGGAGUUUGCCUUUGCCUUGGUGGGGAAGCUGGAUGUUAUCAACAAACACUCUUUCAAUGACUUCAAACUCCGAGUCGGUAUCAACCAUGGUCCAGUGAUAGCUGGAGUCAUUGGAGCCCAAAAACCUCAGUAUGACAUCUGGGGGAACACGGUGAAUGUAGCCAGCAGAAUGGACAGCACUGGAGUUCUGGGAAAAAUACAGGUGACUGAGGAGACGAGUCGCAUCCUUCUCGAUCUGGGCUACAUGUGCUCCUGUCGAGGCAUCAUCAACGUCAAGGGAAAAGGAGAGCUGAAGACCUACUUUGUGCACACAGAAAUGACCCGUUCACUGUCCCAGGGAAAUGUAACGCUGUAAA